AUGCAGUCCGAGGUUACUCAGAUCGUUGUGGUUAUGGUCGGCUUGCCGGCUCGAGGCAAGAGUCUGAUAGCCGGCAAAGUCAAAAGAUAUCUUCGUUGGACAUCGGUGAACGCUGAGGUCUUCAAUGUCGGCACAUACAGACGGACCGACAAUCCGCAUCCAGACGCCAAAUUCUUCGAUGUCAACAACGCCGAAGGCGAGAAGGCUCGCCGCGCUGCGGCCGAAGCAGCCGUCGCCGACAUGUUGAUGUGGUUCAAGGAUAGGAACAAUAAAGUCGCCAUCCUUGACGCAACCAAUUCGACCAAAUCGCGGCGGAAAUGGAUCCACGAUAAGAUCGUCGAAGCAAACCUGCUUCACCUGUUCGUCGAGAGCAAAUGUGACGAUGAAGACCUCAUCAUGUCCAACAUUCUCGAAGUCAAGACAACAUCUCCGGACUACAUCGGUCAGGACCCCGAGGUAGCAGCCAAAGAUUUCCGCAGCCGUAUCCGAAACUACGAGAAGGUCUAUCAGACGAUAGACGAGUCAGAAAAGCAUCUCACCUACGUAAAAAUCAUCAACAUCGGCGCACGGGUGGUGAUCAACCUCAUUCAAGACUAUCUACAGUCCCGCCUCGUAUAUUACCUCACUAAUCUGCACAUCAAACCACGCAGCAUAUGGCUGUCCAGACAUGGCGAGUCUGAAUACAACCUCGAAGGCAAAAUCGGUGGCGAUGCCAACUUGUCGGAGCGUGGUGCACGGUACGCGAAAAUGCUACCCGAGCUGGUCAAGCGGUCUGGGUUGCCAAAGGACGCGCCUUUGACGAUAUGGACAUCGACUUUGAAGAGAACAAGUCAGACGGCGCAGUAUCUCCAGGAAGAACUCGGCUGGGAGAAGUUACAGUGGAAAGCGCUCGAUGAGCUGGACAGUGGUGUUUGUGACGGGAUGACCUACCAACAGAUAUCUGAGAAAUACCCCGAGGAUUUCCAAGCCCGCGACGACGACAAAUACAACUACCGCUAUCGUGGCGGCGAGUCCUAUCGCGACGUGGUCAUCCGGCUUGAGCCAAUCAUCAUGGAACUUGAACGAAGCGAAAAUAUCAUCAUCAUCACUCAUCAAGCCAUCGUCCGCUGCAUAUUCGCGUACUUUAUGGAAAUCCCGCAGGAGAAAUCCCCUUGGAUGGAAGUGCCGCUGCACACGCUCAUGAAGCUCACGCCCAAGGCGUACGGGACCGAAGUCGAACGCUUCAAGGCCGACAUCCCGGCAGUAUCAACGUGGAGACCCAAGGGCAGCACGGCUAAGCACCACGACAGUGUCAGCGAGUGCAUACCGGAGGACGUGGUCGGCGAGGCCAAGGGGAAGAAUUUUGGCGCGCGGGACGGCCUGGUCGUUAAGGAGAUCGAUGCCGGCAGUGCCAGGAGGGAGUUGACCGCGGGGGAGGUGCCCAAGAUCAUGAUGACCGGGUUGCCCUUGCCUUGA